ACAUACAGACAGACAAUGUUGAGUCGCGGUAUAAUUGAGAUUGUUCUGCUAAGCGCUGCGGCGGGGUACAUAGAUCUACCCGUGAGAAAUCUUCCGGAAAUAGAUUUAAACAAGCCGAAUAAUUUUGACGCCACUACUUGCGAGAAAUUUGAACAAAACGCCUACUUCGAACCUAAAGAGGUCGUCGAUUCUCUCUGGAAAAUAUUCUAUUUCUGGGCAAAUGGAGUGGAGGUCUCGACGAUAUUGUUUUCAUUGCCAUCUGAUAAGAAGAUAAGCAAUUUUAGGACACUUGUGGAGACUUACAAUCCAGAGCUGAAUAUUGAAUGGGAGAAAGCUGCACUGUUCAUGGAGCCCAGGCCUGAUGUGAAAGUGUUGCUAUUUAGCAGACCCCUUCCAGGAUCUUACCUCGCAGUUGUUAAGGGUGAAAAACACGAGAAUGAGCGUGACGUUCCACACGUACACGCGACAGACGUCCGAUUGAAAACAGUAGGCCGCUACAUGGGCAUCAUGAACUGCGACGAUGGCACCGCAUUCGCCCUAGCACGCCUCCACGACAUGCCCGACACCUACCAGCAUUGCAAAGCAGCCGCGCAGUUAUUAGGUUUCAACGUGAAUACAGGGAAGUCAUACAUCACGCCAGUUCCAGAUCUACAUGUACUUGAUGAACUUUGAUUUAAUCUACGUCAUACAACGAUAUGAUGAUACAACGACAUUUUUUAAAAGUUACAAUAACAUAUUUGAAUGCCAUAUUUAUUGAGGUAUAAAUCAUUAAAUAAUAUUAACCGCAAAUUAAUGUAUUAAAAAAAAUAAGCGAUCUAUUAGUAAGCUGAAUAAUCUUGCUCAUGUUUGUUUUCUCUUUUGUUAUUAUUUGAUGUAUCUAUACCAUGAACAGCUUUAAGGAUUUCUUAGGAAACGUUUAGUUGGCGGGAAAACCGCCAUCAAUAUUCAUUAGAUAGUUACGAAGUUUAUAACAAUAUACGGAGAAAUACGGCCAUAAGACUUCAUUAAAUUCUCUUAGAUCUAAUAUAUUUAAUUAAAUGUAGUUAUUACAAGUAUAUGAAAUAUAUAGUAGUUGAAAUAGUUAUGUUGAUACACACUUAAAUAUACCACUUCUAAAUAAUAAUAUAACAAAUUAACUUAAAUGUUU